ACUGUAGCGGUAGUUGUUGUAGCGGACUGAAGGUGACCCAGAGGUAAACUUAGCUCUGUGAUAGUGCUCUGAAAAGUAACGCUCUACACCAAGCUGUGCCGACGUCCUUGUUAUUUGCAAAAAUGAAUAUCAAGAUCUCACAGGCUGCCCUGGCUACGGCCUUUUUAUUAUCAGUCCUGAUCAAGGAAGGACUGUCAAUCAAUUGCUACCAGUGCAAUUCAUAUGAGGACAAAAGGUGCAACAAUCCAGAGGGUAUUGCCGAGUUUCAAGUCACAUGCUCAUCAAAUGAGACAAUGUGCAGAAAAAUUGAACAAGAAAUUAACAUCGGGGGUGAUGACGUGACAAGAACUCACCGUCAGUGUGCCACACGUGGAUCUCCAGGGGAAGACUGUCUGGAGCGUACUGGCACCUACAGGUUCAAAUCAUGGUACUGCGAGUGCAAUAACAAGGACUACUGCAAUAGCGCCAGCACCAUGUCCCAGUCCUUAGUUCUGUCCGCUAUGGCAGUGUUUUCACUGUUUGUCUUGAGAAAACUGUUGUGAAGUAUGGUUUAGGUUUUUAAAUGUUUCGCUUGGAAGAAACUGUUUGGGGUUUUCUUCAGUAGCUUUCAUCUUUACUUUUGGACUUUUAUUUUUCAAAUGUAUAAAAACAACAAAAAACUUGUGUUGCUGCCUAUGAAUCUGGGGUGUCUCUAACACUAAACUUCAUGUGACCAGAUAAAUAUGGCUAGGAUGACUUACUCAAGAAUGAGACUUUUGACAUUUGAUAGUCUUUGAAGCGUGGAAUAUGUCAUGCAUGCUAUUUUCGUCAAGGCCAGCGAUCCAUCCAUCCUAUUUGUCUAUUGAGUUAUUAGAAUCUCUUAGGGUUCUUCCCCUUCUCCACUCAACACCUUAUCUAUCUUUAUAACUGAAAUAUCAACCCCCAGAUGUGUCCUGGUUCUUUCUGUCUACUUGUGAUGAUUGUAAAACAUUCCCAGAACACCGUCAUUAACUCUUUCGGUCAGAACCCAACCCAAGUCGAUUGAAUUUAUGUUUACAUGUUGUAUGGUUGCUGUAGUUUAAGGAGUAAGCUGUCCGCACUCACACUCUAGGUGCACUGUUCUUAGGGUCUCAGUCGUCACAUAACUCCGUAGAACACAAUUUUGCUUCUUUUUAAAACCAAUUUAUGCACUAUCCUCCUGAAAUUCGUAGUAAUAGCAAUAGGCAUCUCUUUGAAUACUCUUACUCUGCAGGUGUAUAGUCUUGCUUUGUUAUGUAAUUGUAAUGGCUUAGAGAGCAGUGUGUCGGUGGGAGGGAGGGUGUUACUGUCGAUACUCUUAUGCAAGAAUGCGUGAUAGUCACGUACUGUUUCUGUGGCUGUGACCAGGCUUGGUCUGCGUAUUACAAUGAAUUUAUGAGUGGACAUUGAUUGUUUCGUUGUGAUACGGCACAAUAUUUUGUUCGUGUUAGUUUGUAUAACCUCAGUGAAUUUGUUCAUGGGCGAUAUUUGCUGUUUACUUGUCAUUGCAACACGAUAUUUUGUUUGUGUUAGUGUGAACCUCAGGUGGUAUCACCAACCCCAAGUUUGUUUGACCAAGAUCUUUACGCAUGAUGCUGUCACAGAAUCACUCUCAUCUCUUUAAUUGCUCAUUUUAGGAGAAAAAAAAUUGUAUGUUCACUUUUUUGUCUGAGUUUCCUUGAGUCAAGUUUUUACAUAAUUAUUCAAGAUGUCACAGAUUUCACCUCAUUGUUCACAUUUCAAAAUCAUGAUGUAUGAGUUUUAAGCUGUGGAUGGCUGAGAGUGAGUGUCUGAGUGCGGAAUGACCCUGGGGUCUUGUUGUGAUUUCUGGCCGGUCAUGUACUUACUUCUAUUGCAUUUAAUUCGCAGAUACAAUAGAUAAGAUAAAGACUGGACCAAUUGCUUUUCGGUUAAAAUUCUCACUCCUUUUCUUGUUGUGUCAUAAUGCACAAAUUUGACCAUUGCAAAGACUAAUCAUGUAAAUUUUCUUUCCCCUCUUUAUAAUUGAUUCAUGUUAUUGGUGUUAGAAAAUCUCAAUAUUUUAUUAUUAUAUGGCGUGCCUGUGGUGUGGAGGACUUGUUUCGACAGUACUCGUCAAAUGUUGUUUUCACAUUCAAUUGUGAGAUGGUCAACAUAUACCACAAGGAGAAAAUGAUGUGAUUGUGACAUUGGUGUUGAUUUUAAAAGUUGAGGCUCAUGCUUCACCUUAUGCCCAAUCAAAUUCUUUUUCUUUUUAGUAGCAUGAUGUUUGAAUGAUGUCAAAUCACAGCAAUAAGUGUUCUUUCACCUAUUUUUCCCCUUCUUUUACCACCUGUUAGUUCAGAGACUGCCAUUUACUCAUUUACAGAUUUCUAUUGUAUAAUGUGCAUUCAUGGAAAAUAAUUGAUAUGUAAAUCAAGAUUCAAUUCUAUGUUCCCCAAAUCAAAUUAUUUUAGCCUUUUGGUUUUUAAAAAAUUGGUGCACAGAUACUUUAAAAACAUUAAUUUAUUUGGAAGAUCACAUACAUCUUCCCUUUUCUGUGAACAAGAUCUCUUCUCUGGAAAGGGAUUUUUAGUAUAGUUAUGAUUGUUUCAAUCAUUUACAAAGGUCAGAGUGUAGUUUUAGCCAGAGUGGCUCUUGCUGUCAUUACAGCAGUAAUAUCAGAAACUUUUUAGCUCUCUUGUUCAGUUCAUGCCCUCUGUCACUCUGACCAUUAGCUAGUGGCUUUUAUCAAUGGACAAGUCCCACCUCUGAUAUGACUUACUGCAUUUUGAUUGCAAAAGAAUUUACUUGAAUUGGCAAUGGCUCAAACUUUUUUUUUUUUUUUCAUUUCCACGCUGGAAAAACAAGUAUUUUGAAACUCGUAUUAAGAUUCAGUUUACAGUGCAUUUUGGAUUGAGUGAAAGAAAGCGCUUGUUAGGUUUUUAUAUAUAUGUAAUGUAUGUAAUACAAGUUACCAAAAUAAACAGGAUUUUAAGUUUUUAAUCAAAA